AUCUCUCGCACUAGUUACUUCUCUGACUUUUACUCUCUGCGUUCUUCUUUUCUAUUUUUCGUUCAAACCCCUUAUUUUCCAUUCCCAGAAUCCUGGUUGUCGCGGUUAUAGAUGGCUUUCUUCAGAAGUGUUUCUGCACUUUCGAAGCUUCGCUCUCGCGUGGGCCAACAAUCUAGCAUCGCCAGUUCAAUUCGAUUGCUUCAAACUCAGAGCUCUAGUAACCUUGAUCUGUAUUCUGAGUUGAAGGAGCUGAUUCCCGAGCAACAGGAACGUGUUAAAAAGCUGAAAAAAGACUAUGGACAGGUUGAAUUGGGCAAGACCACCGUUGAUAUGGUUAUUGGCGGAAUGAGAGGAAUGACAGCUUUGUUGUGGCUAGGCUCAUCUGUUGAUCCGGAGGAGGGAAUUCGCUUCAGAGGCAUGUCAAUCCCUGAAUGUCAGAAAGCACUUCCAGCUGCUGUUCCUGGUGGAGAGCCAUUGCCUGAGGCUGUUCUCUGGCUUCUACUGACGGGAAAGAUACCAAGCAAAGCACAAGUAGAUUCAUUAUCCCAGGAAUUGCGAAGUCGUGCGACUGUCCCAGACUAUGCUUUUAAGGCUAUUGAUGCCCUGCCUGUUGAAGCUCAUGCAAUGACUCAGUUUGCUACUGGUGUCAUGGCUCUUCAGAUUCAGAGUGAAUUUCAGAAGGCAUAUGAGAGUGGGAUUGCCAAAUCAAAGUAUUGGGAGCCAACUUAUGAGGAUUGCAUGAAUUUGAUUGCUCGUGUGCCAGCAGUUGCCGCUUAUGUUUAUAGAAGGAAAUAUAAGGAUGGAAAAUUCAUACCAAUGGAUGAUUCUUUGGAUUAUGGUGGAAACUACUCCCACAUGUUGGGAUUUGAUGAUCCAAAAAUGCUCGAGUUUAUGAGGCUGUAUAUCACCAUCCAUAGUGACCAUGAAGGAGGGAAUGUUAGUGCUCAUGCCGCCCACCUAGUUGGUAGUCCGCUUUCAGAUCCUUACCUUGCAUUUGCAGCUGCUCUGAAUGGUUUAGCUGGCCCACUGCAUGGCUUAGCCAAUCAGGAAGUUUUGCGUUGGAUCAGACAUGUUGUUCAGGAGUUUGGAACUCCGCACAUAAGUACAGAACAAUUGAAAGACUAUGUUCAUAAAACAUUGAAUAGUGGUCAGGUUAUACCUGGAUAUGGACAUGGAGUCCUGCGCAAAACAGACCCAAGAUACACAUGCCAGAGGGAAUUUGCAUUGAAGCAUCUGCCUGAUGAUCCACUGUUCCUGCUGGUAUCCAAGCUGAAAGAGGUUGUGCCUCCCAUUCUCACUCAGUUAGGCAAGGUGAAGAAUCCAUGGCCUAAUGUUGAUGCUCACAGUGGUGUACUAUUGAACUACUUUGGCUUAACUGAGGAGAGCUAUUACACUGUUCUCUUUGGUGUCUCAAGGAGUUUUGGAAUUGGUCCUCAGCUGAUAUGGGACCGCGCCCUUGGGAUGCCACUUGAAAGGCCCAAAAGUGUUACAUUGGAGAAACUUGAGGAAUUAUCUGGGAAAGCUUCAUCAUCCUGAAAUAUUAAACAUUUUUUUCUGAAGAUGGAAUUUCUCACAGAAGAUGGAGGUUGGUGUAAAAUUGAAAAGUUGGUGCAAAUUCAUUGAGGGAUUUUUUGUUUUUUGUCUGUUUAGUUGAGGUAUCCAAAAGGUUUUGGAUUUAGGUGAAAAGGGGAUUUUCUUCCCCCCAACAGAUUUAACUUCGAGGUAACAUCAAAUAAAGGAAAUAUUCCUGUUCUUGGUUUA